UUGUGGUAAAAAGGAAAUCUAGAAAAUGGAGGGAUGACCAUUUUCUUCAUACUAAAUAUGCAUUGUGUGUGUAGUAAUUGUUUGUGGAAAUAUCGGAUAUCAGAGAAUAGUACAACUUCUCAUACAAUUAACAAUAUUUGAGACGAUAUUGCUGCAAGGAACAAUAGCGAUACACGUAAUGCAUUGCAUUACGGAGAUUGUGCAUGUCGUCAAACGUCGAAGAGCUUGAAGUGUACAGGUAACGUAACGUUAAUCUUGUUGUUGCCGAGUGCUCAUGUUUAGCAUCCGUACAGUUAAACGCGGGCUAACACUAAUCGCAGUAGCAAAGGCUAUGAGCGCUGCGGCAGGAUCGUCGGAGCCUCCUGGACUCUGUCUGCCAGGGAACACCGUCGGCGUACGCCCUGAAAGUCCGCCUCGGCUGCUGAGACUGGCCGCUGUCCCGGGAUAUGAGCAGGACCGGGUGAAUGAUCUGUUACUGCAUAGCCCCUCGGUUGGAUCUGUGCAUCGGCGUGACAGCUCCGAGAUGGCCGAGAGUGGCAAUGCCCAUGUUGUCUUUUUCCCCGGGGAUAUUCAGAAUUUUCAACAGGAAAUGGCCCUGCACCCAGACGCUGCCCCAUGGCAGAACUGGAGCCUUGAGAGGGUAGCCCUGAUCUUGGGCCGCCGCUUCCCGGGCCACCAUAUCUGGAUAAUCCGAGCAUCACGACUGUAUCUCCACAAGUUCAGCAGCUACCAGAAUUUUGUGGAAAGCAACUUAUUUGGGGCGCCCGAGCAUUCCUCUGACUAUGGAGCUCUGCGCCAUCUGAGAGCCUUACUUGCCCAUGGAGUGGAACGUGCCAACCUUCCAGACCUUCUGCCUCCUCUGGGUAGUUCCAUGUCUCUUCCACCCGGCUUCUCUCUCACUAUUGUGGGCUUCAGUAAGGGCUGUGUAGUGCUCAACCAGAUGGUUUAUGAACUGCCAGCAGCAAAGACAGACCCAGAGCUUGCACCCUUUUUGGAAUGUGUGACGGAUAUGUACUGGUUGGAUGGGGGUCACCCAGGUGGCAGUGAAACUUGGGUCACGGACAAAAGGGCACUGGCAGAGCUGGCAAGGAGCGGAGUGGCCCUUCAUGCCCACGUCACACCCUAUGAGGUGCAAGAUCCGAUGCGGGCCUGGGUAGGCCAUGAGCACAAGCGGUUUACACACACACUUGAGGAGCUUGGCGCACAGCUUUCUCAGAAGUUGCACUUUGAGGAUGAGCCAGCAUCUAUUGACAACCACUUCCGUAUCAUCCAGGAAUUCUGAGGCCUGGGCAGUCACUGAUUGAAACUGUAGAUCCUGGGUGAAAUGUCUGACAGUGAGUCAUUGCCCUUCUUGAUGCGCAGCCAGAUUGAAGUUUGACAGUCAGAUUUUUAAUCUGAAUGUGAAGCUAGGUGCAGCCCCUAGUCUCAUUGCUUAGAGUAUUUGAUUGCUCAGGAGGGUUGGCCUCAACUAACUGCUCCUCGCUGAAUGCAAACUGUCCAAGAUGCUCAUUGGGAGGACUAGUAACAAGCUUGUGUUUGCAGCAAAUGGAAGAAAUUACCUCAUUCCGUCAAAUAUAAGGGCUUCAUAAUUUGCACAAAGGUAUGGAAAAAUAAGAGUAAUGAUUUCUGACUUAUGAUCCCUGGGAAGUUCUUGUAUAUUUAAGAGCAAAGUGUAUAUUAUUUUCCCUGUAGUCUGAUUUGUGAUCUUUCCAAGUUGAUGACAUUCAUGAAUGUAAAUGGUCAUUUCUCAAGUCCGCACAGCAACAUAAUGCUAGAAAAUGUAUUUGGAGUGACUAAAGUCUUAAUGUAAAUGUACAAUAUGUACAUUAAUAUGGUUAUGUGAUGAGAAUUAUUCUCAUUAUUAUAAGAGUGGCACUUAAGAGGGUUAUCUAACCCUUAAGCUGAUAAUGCACAAUACAACUUUUUUUUAACAAUGCUGGCAACCUCAUAGAAAGUUCCAUGCAUUCUGAUUGACUGAUGACAAUUUGCCUACUGAUGACUGGAGAAGAACUCCUGAAAGAAAAAAAAAUUAUGCUCAACAUCAACAGGAAUGUCCCCAAACAACAAAACUCAGGAUCACUGCCCAGCAACAUUGCUAAAAAUGUACCUUGUGUUUCAUCAGCUUUACAUAUAAUUGCAUUGUAAUGGCAAAUCUUCAAUUCCAAUUUAAAAGUUCUGUUGAGGAAAAUUGAUCUAUUGCUCCCUCCUAAUGUCUACAUGUUUAGUUAUUACUAAUGAACCAUUCAUGAAAGCAAGCAAGUUAUUUACCGUCUUCUGGCAUGUAAUUUAUUACCAGUUACCUCUGCUUCCUGCAUGGUUCUUCAUGGUUGUUCAUCAUGUUUGUUUUGAAGUAGACUCUCUUGAUUAUUAAAGUUACCAACUUAAAAGCUAACUGCACUAGAUAUUUAACACAUUAUAACUGUGUGAAUGACUCCAAUUACCUCUGAAAACCUGUAAAAUAGCCUGUAUUGAAUGUACCAAGCGCUUCAGGUCCAUUCCAUGUUUUUCCUUUAUGCUUUCUUAUUCAAUAAAGAAUGUAAUUCAGAACGCU